CCCAGAGACCCAAAGAUAGAGAAACCAGGUUUCACCCUUCCCAUUCUCUCACUCUACACUUUUUUUUUUUGAUGAGUUCACUCUACAUUAUUGUAUUGUAGUGUAUCGUAUUCAGUUGUAGUGGUUUGGAAGCGUAGCAAGCAUGGAGGAGACAAUACCCUUCAAGAAUCUCCAUAGCAGAGAGUAUCAAGGUCACAAGAAGAAGGUGCACUCGGUGGCUUGGAAUUGUACGGGCACGAAGCUAGCCUCCGGUUCUGUGGAUCAAACGGCUCGAAUUUGGCUCAUUGAGCAACAUGGGCAUGGCAAGGUUAAAGAUAUUGAAUUGAAGGGGCAUACUGAUAGUGUGGAUCAGCUGUGUUGGGACCCCAAGCAUGCUGAUUUAAUUGCAACUGCUUCCGGCGACAAGACUGUUCGUCUGUGGGAUGCUCGGAGUGGAAAAUGUACGCAGCAAGCAGAACUCAGUGGGGAGAAUAUCAAUAUUACCUACAAACCCGAUGGGACACAUAUAGCUGUUGGGAACCGGGAUGAUGAAUUAACAAUACUGGAUGUUCGCAAAUUUAAGCCAAUCCAUAGGCGCAAAUUCAGUUAUGAGGUAAAUGAGAUUGCCUGGAACAUGACUGGAGAGAUGUUUUUUUUGACGACUGGGAAUGGUACUGUAGAAGUACUAGCAUACCCAGCCCUUCGACCACUUGACACCCUUAUGGCUCAUACUGCUGGUUGCUAUUGCAUCGCAAUUGAUCCAAUAGGAAGAUACUUUGCUGUUGGAAGUGCUGAUUCCUUAGUCAGCCUUUGGGAUAUCUCAGAGAUGCUAUGCGUGCGGACGUUUACAAAACUUGAAUGGCCUGUCAGGACGAUAAGUUUCAAUCACACAGGAGAGUAUAUCGCAUCUGCCAGUGAAGAUCUUUUCAUUGAUAUCUCAAAUGUUCACACAGGGCGAACAGUCCACCAGAUUCCAUGCCGGGCUGCCAUGAACAGUGUGGAAUGGAAUCCAAAACACAAUUUGCUUGCAUAUGCUGGAGAUGACAAGAACAAGUAUCAAGCUGAUGAAGGCGUUUUCCGAAUAUUUGGAUUUGAAAGUGCCUGAAGUAAUUGAGUAUUGCUGAAGCUGGCUUUUGUCAGAAAGGUCUGAUACGGCUGUACCUUGAUCAAUGAUAUAUUCUAGGACCCUGUAGUGCUGUCCUUUGAGUCUUUCAUUAGCUCCUCAAUUUUUUUUUGUCAGGUGUUUUUCCAUAAUAUUCGGCUUUGAGAGUGGCCUGCAAUUAUUUAAGUGAGCAGCUUUGUCAGAAAGGCAAAAGCCUCAGUGUUUUUUACUUUUCUUCCCCACACACCACCACCUUCCAUUCUCCUUUUUUUUUUUCCCUCCCCUAGUAUCCCCCCCACACUUGUUCCUGCGGAGAAUCUGGGAAAGUUGAUUAUGGGUGAUGGGGGUGGGGGGGUAACUCAUUGUGUGGUACUUUUUUAUGGACCAUUUUUUCUGCAAUUGUCUCAGCAAGGCAACUCAUUGUGUGGUACUUUUUUAUGGACCAUUUUUUCUGCAA